AUGUCCGCCAGACCAUACAAAACCACCGAAGACUACAAAGCCUACUAUUUCCCCGACAGUUCUGCCGAUGAUCGAGGCGUGAUAGGCGAUGCCGAUGCGGAUGCCGAUUUCGACGAGAUGCAAUCCCAGCAUCUAUAUUUUGUGGAUGACACCGGCGAUCUGAACGACUCAAAUCGUGCUGGGAAUCCAGCUGCUGCGGAGACGGGUGGGAGGAACCCUCGGGAGUUGGACGUGCUUGAGCCUGGAAGAUAUACGGUUAAUGGCGUGGAUGAUGAAGGGCAUCUAUUUAGUUCGGGGCGGGAUGAUGAUGUAUGUUGA